CGAGAGAUCAAAAUAUGGAUGAAGUUAAAACAUCAGAAUAUCGUGCCAUUCAUAGGCGUAACAGCGGGAUUUGGACCCCCUGAGACCAUCUCUCUUGUUUCGCCCUGGAUACCAAAUGGAACACUGACAGAUUUCUUGGAAACCUAUGGUGGAAAGUUACCACUGAUGUCGAAGUUAUGGCUGCUUCAUGAUAUCGCAACUGGUUUAAAUUAUUUGCACUCAUUUCCUCUGAUCCACGGGGAUCUUACUGGCAGUAAUGUCUUGAUAAACACAGAAGGCAUAGCAUGCCUGGUGGACUUUGGACUUUCUACAGUUAUAGGAGGACUUGAAGGUGGAUCUUCGAUUGCUCCGUUAUCCCACCGCCCCGGUGCAAUACGGUGGACCGCUCCCGAGCUUCUCGAUCCAGAAAUUUCCUGUUCACCUACACCAAAAAGUGAUAUCUAUUCUUUUGGCAGUGUGAUACUACAGGCAAGUUGCCUUUUGUCGCUUCAUUGUCACCGAGUCGAUCAUGUUCCCCAGAUCCUCUCUAACAGAUUUCCAUGGUAUACAGAUAGAGGCACCAUGGCUGAAUGUCGCAUCAUAGCCAAGUUGAUUGUAGGAGAAACUCCACCUCGGCCGGAUGAUCCACCCAUUUCAGAGAAACACUGGGCUCUUAUCUCAGAAUGCUGGCGCCCGAUCUCGAGCACGGAAAGUCGUCCGACAGCUGUACAAUUGAUCGACACUAUC